AUGAUGGAUAACGUAGUCGCAGAGACGGUGGAAAAGACGCUGAAGAAGUCGAUAGACAAGUCAUCAGAUUACGACUUGGCAGAAAAAAUGGAGAACAUCAAGGAGUUAAUAAUUGAGGAGGUAAGGAGAAACCUGGUGUAUAAUAAACCAGUGGGACCCAUAAUGAGCUCGAAGGAUAUCCUAACCCUAAGUCAGGAGCAGGAAAGUAAAUUCACUGAAGAGGUACACGAGCUGGGAUUGCAUGUGAACAGAAUACAUCACAAUUCGACUCCAGCUUUUCUGUACGAAAUGGCAUUGAAAUAUGAGUCCAAUUCGUUUAUAACGAGCACAGGAGCGUUAUGCUGCAUUUCUGGAGAAAAAACAGGGAGGUCUCCAUCGGACAAAAGGAUUGUAAAGGAGAGCUCCUCAGAAGAAAACAUCUGGUGGGGGAAGGUAAACAUCCCAUUGAAGGAAAAAUCGUACGAAAUAAACAAAGGGAGGGCUAUUGAUUACCUAAAUUUGCAGCCAAAUCUGUACGUAAUAGAUGCCUAUGCAGGCUGGGACGAAAACUGUCGAAUCAAAAUCAGAGUUAUCACCUCCAGAGCUUAUCAUGCACUGUACAUGUUAAAUAUGCUUAUUCCUCCGAAGAACGUGGAGGAAAUACAGAACUUUAUCCCAGACUUCAUCAUAUACAAUGCUGGAGAUUUCCCUUCGAAUAGAUUAACCGACGGAAUGUCAAGCCAAACGUCUGUCAUUAUAAAUUUCGGUGCAAUGAAUAUGAUUAUAUUAGGAACACAGUACGCUGGGGAGAUGAAAAAAGGCAUUUUAACUCUAUUUAUGUAUAAAAUGCCCUUGGAAGGGAAAUUACCCCUACAUUCAUCAUGCAAUGUUGGGAAGAAGAACGACGUGACUUUAUUCUUUGGCCUGUCAGGCACGGGAAAGACAACCCUAUCUGCUGAUGCGAAUAGGUAUCUCAUAGGCGACGACGAGCAUGUAUGGACAGAUGAUGGGAUUUUCAACAUAGAAGGUGGAUGUUAUGCAAAAUGUAAGGGGCUUUCAAAGAAACAGGAACCCGAAAUUUAUAAAGCCAUCAAAUUUGGUGCUAUUCUCGAAAAUGUCAUUAUGGAUCCAGUCACCAGAGAAGUAGAUUAUAAUAACUGUUCAAUAACGGAAAACACUCGAUGUGCUUAUCCGUUAUCCUACAUUGAAAAUGCCAGAAUUCCAGCCUAUGUUCAUACACAUCCCCAGAAUAUUAUUCUCCUCACUUGUGAUGCCUUUGGAGUUAUCCCUCCAUUGUCCAAGUUGGAUGUAUAUCAAAUGAUGUACCAUUUUGUUAGUGGCUAUACCAGCAAAAUGGCAGGUACUGAAAGCGACGUUUUGAAACCAACAGCUACCUUCUCCUCAUGUUAUGCCGCUCCCUUCUUGGCACUCCAUCCAAUGGUCUACGCAAAAAUGUUGGCGGAGAAAUAUGAGAAGCAUAAGGCCAAUGUAUGGCUGUUAAAUACGGGCUGGAUUUAUGGCUCUUACGGUUCGAAGAAUGGACAAAGGAUACCAUUAAAAUACACCCGCAUGCUGGUAGACUACAUACACGAGAAUAAGCUUAUUGAUGUUGAGUAUAAGAAGACGCCGAUUUUUAACUUUAACAUUCCUGCCCGCGUGGAUGGCAUUCCUGAGGAAGUUCUGGACCCCUUCGUUGGGUGGAAGGACAAGGAGGAUUACAUGAGAAACCUCCAGAAUCUGGCCCGGGAGUUUAUCAGCAAUUUUGCGUUAUUCUCGGACAAGGCGGGUCCGGACAUCCUUUCCGGAGGACCCACCCUCUAG